AAUAGCCAACUUUUAGUUAGAUAGCUGGUUGUGCUAAAAACUUGAAAGUGACAAGUGUCUCUAAAACAUUAUCUGAAUAUCUAAUUGCAGAAUUCUAGUAAAUCUAGAGUCCAUUUUAACAAACCAUGAAGAUGAAGAAGGACAGGAAUCAGGUGGCUGAGAAGAUUUUGGAUCUAACCAUGGAGAUCAUCUGCCUGCUGACUGGAGAGGAUCACAUAGUUGUGAAGAGUUCUGAUGGGAAAGACCUACACCGCUUUAAUACCCAGGGCCCUAGCAUGCUUCCCCUGACAUGCUCAAAGAUGUGUGGGAGACUCAAUGACAAGAAUAUCCUGGAACUGACCAAUAAGAUCAUUUUGCUGCUAACUGGAGAGGUUCCUAUAAGGUGUGAGGAUGUUGCUGUCUAUUUCUCCAUGGAGGAGUGGGAGUAUUUAGAAGGAUACAAUGAUCGCUGCAAGGAUAUUACAAUAGAGAAUCGACAGCCUCACGAAUCACUGGAAAAAUGUGAAUUUGGUGGGUUGCAAACUGUUUCUAAACCCGAUGAUGAAAUGGAGGAAACUCCCCUAAAUUCAACACCUAAAUUCAACACCGCAAGGAAAAGUCAGACUACAUCUGUAACGUACGUGUUACAAAACUCUCAGCCCUGUGGCAAAGGUUAUCCAACAGGAAAUAACAUGUAUAUAUCCACAGAUCAUCCACAGACAGACUAUCCUUCUCAUAGUAAGGAGGAAUCAGGGUCCUGUGAAGAAGAACAUCUCACAGACAUUUAUACACCCAUAGAAUAUCCAAAUAAUCAUAUAAAGGAGGAACCAGACUCACACGAGGAAGGAAAUCUCCCAUUGAAAAUAACCCCUAGGAUAUCCUUCAUACGUUCUAGCAAACCUGAUAAAUGUAUUAACGAUGAAUCUGAUAAAUCUCCCAAGAGCAAAUCUAACACAGAUCCAAUAUUUGACUGCACUUACUGUCCACAAAGUUUUAAUAAUAACACAGAGCUUGUAAAACAUCAAUCAGUUGACAAAGAAAACAAGAUGGCUGCUUCUGAUACUGGAAAACCACCAUUCUCAGGCUCUGAAUGUGGAAAUAAAUGUAUCACAAAGGCUAGUAUAAUUAAUCCUAAAAAGAGUCACACAGGGGAAAAACCAUUUCAGUGCAUUGAAUGUGGCAAAAGGUUUACCCGGAGGACACAUCUUGCGUCACAUGUAAUGAGUCACACAGGAGAAAAACCAUUCAAAUGCACUGAUUGUGGGAAAUGUUUUAUUCUAAAAGGUACUCUUACAAGACAUCAGAUGAUUCACAUAGGAGAAAAACCAUUUAAAUGCACUGAUUGUGGGAAAUGUUUUAUUUUAAAAGCUACUCUUACAAGACAUCAGAUGAUUCACGCAGGAGAGAAACCAUUUAAAUGCCCAGAAUGUGGAAAAUGUUUUACCCAUAAGUAUGAUCUAAUCAGGCAUAACAAGAUUCACACAGGAGAAAAACCAUUUAACUGCACGGAAUGUGGAAAAUGUUUUACCCAGGCCUCAAAUCUUGCAUCACAUGUAAUGACUCACACUGCAGAAAAAACGUUUGAAUGCUCUGAAUGUGGGAAAAGGUUUAAUCUAAAAUCUACUCUUAAUAAGCAUCAGAUGAUUCACACAGAUGAAAAACAAUUUAAAUGCUCCGAAUGUGGAAAAUGUUUUGUUCUAAAAUCUACUCUUACUAGACAUCAGAUGAUUCACGCAGGAGAGAAACCAUUUAAAUGCAUUGAUUGCGGGAAAUGUUUUAGCCAGUCCUCAAGACUUAAGUCACAUAAAAAGAUUCAUACAGGAGAAAAAAUAUUUAAAUGCCCCGAAUGUGGGAAACAUUUUAGCCAAAAGUAUGAUCUUAUGAGACAUCACAAGAGUCAUACUAGAGAAGAACCAUUUACCUGCACUGACUGUGGGAAAUGUUUUACCCAUGCUGCUAAUCUUGCUUCACAUUUGAGAAAAAAACAUUUUGUUCUUCCGAGUGGGCGAAGUGUUACCAGUAGCUGAAGCCUUUUUAUAUAUAAAAUGAGUCAUACAUUAGAGAGAAAAUGUUAGUGAUCGUUCAAGGGUCAAAAUACAUUGUAUAUAAGAAAUAAGAACCAAGUCUUAAGCUGAAUUUUAA